GAAAUAUGGCAUUCCUCUCAUAAAGUAAGAGGGCGAGGAGGGGCUGGAAGAAGGGGGGCGAAAGAGAGAGGCAGAGGAGCGGAGUUAAAGCUACAGGAGGCCUGAUCCGUGCAAGAACCGGGCUUCCUCCUGCUUCGGGGAGGAGCGAAAGUUUUGCGUCCCACCGACGGCGGGGAGGUUUGGGGAAGGCGCUCGCUCCCGGGGCGGACCUCGCUCUUGCCGUCGCCCCACCAGCCGCAGCACCCAAGCAGAAGGGCACCCCCCACCCAGCCAGCCAAGCACCCAGAAGUGGCUGAUCGCGGCCGUCCGGGCAGCCUCCCGCGAUGGACGCGGUGCAAGCGGAGAAGAGCAGCGCCUACGUUUCGCCGUCCAGCCCCGACGGGCCUCUGGAUCGCGGCAGCCCCAGCCCGGUGCCGUCGUCGGGCAGCCGUAGCCCCAGUUUGCAGCCGGGGCCCACGGGGGCUCCGGGAGCUCCGGGCGAGGCGGUCCGCGACAGCUCUCAAGUGAACGCCAUCACGGUGCUGACUCUUUUGGACAAGCUGGUCAACAUGCUGGACUCUGUGCAGGAGAAGCAGCAGAAGAUGGAGCAGCGUCAGGUGGACCUGGAGGGCUCCGUCAAGGGCAUCCAGAGCGACCUGAGCAAGUUGUGCAAGCAGCACACGUCCACCAGCAACACGGUGGCCAAGCUGCUGGAGAAGUCGCGCAAGGUCAGCGCCAACACGCGCGAGGUGCGAGAGCGCAUGGACCGCCAGUGCGCGCAGGUGAAGCGGCUGGAGCACAACCACGCGCAACUGCUGCGCAGGAACCACUUCAAAGUGCUCAUCUUCCAGGAAGAAAACGAAAUCCCGGCCAGCGUGUUUGUGAAAGAGCCUGUUCCCAGUAUUACUGACGGGAAGGAAGAGCCUGUUGAUGAGAACAAAACUUUGGAGGAAACCUUGCACACUGUAGAGCUUUCCUCAGAGGAUGAAGCACCCCAUGAUGAAGAGGGGGCAGACGAUAGCAUGGAUGAGAAAAUUGGGGAGACAAGAGCUGAGAAAAUCAAGAGGUCCAGCCUCAAGAAGGUGGACAGCCUGAAGAAAGCGUUUUCCCGCCAAAAUAUCGAGAAGAAGAUGAACAAGUUCAGCACCAAGAUCGUCUCUCAUGAGAGGAGGGAGAAGAUUAAGAAGUCCCUCACCCCUAACCACCAAAAGUCCUCCUCAUCAAAAAGCUCAUCUUUCAAGGUCUCUCCCCUCACGUUCAACGUGAAGAAAGUUCGGGAUGGAGAUCCCUCUGCAGAAACGGAAGACAAGCCGGCAGAGGCUACCGGCAGUGAGCACACUGCAAACGAUGAGGAGACAUCCUUCACCGAGAUUCACUCUGACCUGGCCUCUCCCAGUUCUCUGGCGGAGGAAGGGAAAGCCUUUGCUGAUUCCCUGGAAAGAGAAAACGGGAGUGAAGGAGAUGCAGUGGUCAACAACAACAUCGAGCUCGCCAUCGUUGAAGAAGGCGAUGACUAUAGGGCUUCGCUCGAAAUCAGGCAGGAACUCUACGAUGAGAGGAGCAAACCAACCAGCGGGGAGAUGGAGCACUCCGACGAAGAAUCAAGCCAGGCCGCUGUCCUCCACGUCAACCAAACUGCAUAAAUCGUCUGAGCCGCCUUUUAUGUUUCUAUGCGCAUUUUUUUGUAGUUACAUCAGUAAAACAGGGCUGUUACACAAUAAACAAGAGGCAACAGUAACCUAAGGUGGAGUGGUUCUUUUUUGAACAAUUAGGUUUCCACAAAAGGCUAAUUUCAUACACUUAGACGGGAAAUGAGGUAAUUUAAAGGCAACUGCUGCAUUUUGAAGUCCAUUCCAACCUCUAUUGCACACCUUUAUUGGUUAUCGAUUUCAAAUUGCCGCAAUCAAUUGCAGGUGGAGAUGUACUUAAACAAACCGGUUUAAAAACAGCACUACCCUACAAAUUGAAUCAGGCUGAUAUCUGUUUCACUUCCACCCAAAGAAUCUGGGAAUUGUAGUUCAGUGAGGGUGCUGAGAAGUGUCAGAGAUUUUUCCCCUAAGGAAACUUCUACUCCCAGGGCAAAAAAGGGGAGGCUAUUAAACCUUUUGUUUGGGCGGGGGAGUCUGCCAUGUAGGCACAAUUUUCGUUGGUGAAAAGCUCUCCUAAGUGCUAAGUUCAUUCAAAUGCGUUCCCCCGUAUUUUUUCCUGGCCGUGCGCUGCUUGGGAAAAGCGAGUUUACACUGCAGAGGAUGAGAGCUGCCUUCCACUUUGCUUGCUGUGCCCUUUUGUCCACAGAACUGCUGACUGGGAGAGUGUGCUUGUAUUGCCUUCUUUGUGAGUUAAUGAAGUGUGUGUUUGUGUGUGUGUGUCCCCGCUUGCUGUUUUUAAGCUGCGAACUGUGGGUGGUAAGCUGUGGGGAAGGGCUCUCGCUCUGUGACAGAGAGCACAUGUUCUCCGGGUUCAAUCCUGUCUGAAACCCUGGAGAGCCACUAGCGGUCAAUGUAGGCACACACGUAGCACAAAUACAAGGAGACACACAGGCCCACGGCCUCCUCUCUUCAGCUGAUCUUAUUUCUCCCUCUCUGCUCAGCUGAUGGCCGCUCUGAUGACCAGGUAGGAGGCAAUUCGUUUCCUCAUCAGGGUGCUGGGCUCCUUCAGUGUGGUGUAGUGGUUAAGAGUGGUGGACUCGUAAUCUGGUGAACCGGGUUCGCUUCUCCGCUCCUCCACAUGCAGCUGCUGGGUGACGUUGGGCCAGUCACACUUCUCUGAAGUCUCUCAGCCCCACUCACCUCACAGAGUGUUUGUUGUGGGGGAGGAAGGGAAAGGGGAAUGUUAGCCACUUUGAGACUCCUUAGGGUAGUGAUAAAUCGGGAUAACAAAUCCAAACUCCUCCUCCUCCUCCUCCUCCUCUUCUCCUCCUCCUCCAACCCCAGCACUUUUUAAUUUUCUUUUGGCUAAUGCCACAACCCAAACUAGUAGGGUUUUGGAAGGUGGCAGAAUCAGGUUCCCUUAUUGAGGGAUUGCCCCUGAUACUAGCAAUACUGAAGAGUUGGACCAGUGGUCUGAUUCUGUAUAAAGCCGUUUCCUCUGUGUGUUUUUCCUCCCUAUAGUAGUGUUUGUGCAGGUUCCACCUAUUUCCCCUCCCUAUAAAGUACUUCAGUUCGUUUCCUCGUGUUAAUAUUUGAUGCGACUGAGCCACCAGGAUGCAACACAUAUAUUAUUAUUUUUUAGUGUUGACCUUGUACAAGCUGAGGUGGUU